GUGACGAGCAGCAGAAAGCCCGAAGCCAGGUACCGCAUGUCUCCAUAGGAUGCUGUAGCAGAACCGCAGAACCUGCCGACUUUGGUGCCGUGACCUUCAAAGGUCAGAGUGAUGCUACUGGUGGCUCCGUUGUGAUCUCUGCUGCUGCGGUUUCCACAGAAACGAAACAACGGUGGGCAGAAAGCACUCGAGUCGCAAAAAGAUGACGACGCAGUCGCCCACUCACAGUGACAGCAGCGGCUCCUCUAAGCACGACAGUAACCAGGACAGCUGGGAGAUUGUGGAGGGGCUCAGGGGGGUUCCUGCCAGCAUGCAGGAGCCUGACAGACAGGAGGGCUUCCUGCUCAAGAGGAGGAAGUGGCCCAUGAAGGGGUGGCAUAAGAGAUACUUUGUGUUGGAGAAAGGCAUCUUGAAGUACGCAAAGCGUGGAACUGAUCUGAAGAAGGGAAAGCUUCACGGCUGCAUCGAUGUCGGCCUCUCUGUCAUGUCAAUCAAGAAGAAGGCCAUGUGUAUCGACCUGGACACAGAGAAUAACAUCUAUCACUUGAAGGUGAAGUCUCCAGAGCUGUUUGAAGAGUGGAUGUCGAAGCUGCGUCAUCACCGUGUGUUUAGGCAAAACGAGAUUGCCAUGUAUCCCCACGAGAGGCACCUCUUCAACCCCCACGCCUCCUCCUCCCCCUCCCUCACCGACACCCUAAGAAAAAGGGCUACUCUUACUAAGCAGGCGUCAGUCCAGCAGGCAAAGGUCAGUUCUUGGUUGCAUUCUUCAGAGGACAUGAACAAGUGCUGCAAAGAUUUGGAGGAAUGCGAAUCGUACAUGCUCGAACUCAACCUGCUGCUGAAGAGCAUGGAGGUCCUCCACCGGACAUACUCAGCCCCAGCCAUCAGUGCACUACAAGCGUCUAAUUAUGACAUGCCCAAAAAAGAGAAGAGGCCAAGGAGAUGGCGAUCCAAAAACAAUGGCAAAGAAACCAAAGCCACACUACAGGUACCAAGCUGCAUCUCCUCUCAGUCCCCUCGUCUCCACGCCUCCAACCCCAACCUCUCCACCACUGACUCAAACACCCAGGAGGUCUGUCCCGAAUCCCCAGACUCGCCUACGGACGCGUCCCGUCUGCAGGAGGACUUCUGCAUGCUGGCAAACAACAUCCACACCACACUGAAGUCAGCCUUUAGUUCCCUAGUAUCGGAAAGAGACAGACUGAGGCACGCCAUCGACAGGCAGGCCCCACAGCCAGCGCAGGUCAUUGGCUUGAAGACCACCUAUGCCUCGGUGAGUAGGACUCAAAAAUCACAACUGUCCACCAACUAUCACCUCAGGUUCAUUUUCACUAAACUGACUUCUUAUUAUCAUCAGGAAUGUCCAGGAGGGUCUCACUCUUUGGUCCACCAGGUGUCCAAUGAGAGCAAAGUGUCCAUCCCAGAGUCCAUAUCAGAGUUUUUUGAUGCUCAGGAGUACCUCCUCUCCUCUUCCUCUUCCGAGAAUGAGGUCUCUGAUGAUGACUCGUACAUUAGUGAUGUCAGUGACAGCAUGUCCAUGGAUACCUACAGCAACGAGGGAGGCAGUGUGAGACACAACUCUGUUAGCAGCGUGGUGACCGUGGCUCGUCGGCGCUCCACGCUGCCCUCCACCAGCCCCACCAGCAGCGUGAGCCUGUGGAACAUCCUGAGGAACAACAUCGGUAAGGACCUGUCCAAGGUGGCCAUGCCAGUGCAGCUCAAUGAGCCGCUCAACACCCUGCAGAGGCUGUGCGAGGAGCUGGAGUACAGUGAGCUGCUGGACACCGCCAACAACACCCAAGACCCUUACCAGCGCAUGGUGUAUGUCGCCACGUUUGCAAUAUCCGCAUAUGCAUCCACGUACCAUCGAGCAGGAAGUAAGCCCUUUAACCCUGUCCUUGGAGAGACGUACGAGUGUGACAGACCUGAUAAAAGCUUCAGGUUUAUAGCUGAACAGGUGAGUCAUCACCCACCUGUGUCAGCAUGCCACUCUGAUUCAAGGAACUUCACCUUUUGGCAAGAUGUUCGAUGGAAAAAUAAGUUCUGGGGAAAAUCCAUGGAAAUUGUUCCCAUGGGAACCACACAUGUCACACUACCUGCGUUUGGGGACCACUACGAAUGGAACAAAGUGACGUCGUGCAUCCAUAACAUCCUGAGCGGUCAGCGCUGGAUCGAACACUACGGAGAGAUGUCCAUCAAAAAUCUCAACAGUGACGCCUGCCAGUGUAAAGUCACAUUUGUCAAGGCGAGGUCAUGGAGCUCUACAGUGAACGAGAUAGAGGGCGUGGUCACAGAUUCAAAUGGAAAAGUUGUACACUCCAUCUUUGGAAAAUGGCACGAGUCCGUUUUCCAAGGAGACCCACCUUCUGCCACGUGUAUCUGGAGAGCAAACCCCAUGCCAGUGGAACAAGACCAGUACUAUGGCUUCACCCAGUUUGCAGUGGAGUUAAAUGAGCUGGACUCCCCUCUGAGACCUCUUCUGCCCCCCACGGACACACGCUUCAGGCCGGACCAGAGGCUGUUGGAGGAGGGGAACACAGAAGGAGCCGAGGAGCAAAAACAGAGGAUAGAGCAGCUCCAGAGGGAGAGGAGGAAAGUGCUGCAGGAAAACAACAUGAUGCACCAGCCACGCUUUUUCAAGAAGUCAGACAAUGACACGUGGGUGAGCAACAACUCCUACUGGGAGCAGCGCAGAGACCCUGGCUUCAGUAAAAUAGACUUACCUGUGUUGUGGUGACCUCUGGAUUUUACCAAACCUCUUGACGACAACUUAUCAUCGAGAGGGAAGUAUAAAACUGAACUGAGACCAGCCUCCAAGUGCCCUGACCUGCUUAACAUGAGUUACCCCAUGUCAGGGUAACCCAAACCUAUAUGGACAAACCUGCUUCCUCUUUCAGGACUGAGCAGAGCCUGUAGAACUUCUGUUUUGUUUCUCCUAUUCUCAUAACUGUAAUUGACAAAGCGUCAGUGUAAAGAUUCAUAUCAUGUUGUGUUGCAUUUACCAAAGUGCCUUUUAUUGCAGUGCCUCACUCAAUCAACUGCUGUAGCAGUUAUGCAAAAACACUUUUAUUCUAGAGACUUUAAAUACUUGUUUGGAUGAUGUGAGUAUGAUAUGUGGACUUCACUGGAGAGAAAAGGAUCAAGGUUGGGAGUGAACUUCCUCCAUCCAGUCAGCAUCGUGACCCAAGGAUUUUGACAUGACAUAAACCAAAAGCUGAUCAGAUGUUCUGAUUAUAAAUGAGACUUUAGCCUUUUUCAGUAUGCUGCCUUGUUAUAAUGAGUCAUGAUGUCAUAAGGCUGUGGAUAAUGUUUAUCAAUGAGGAAAACAACAAUGAUGCUCUAUGUUUAAAAAAAGAUAAUAAACUGUACAAUGG